CUAUAAAAAAUCCAGAAGUUGGAAAAGCUUUCUAUUCUUACGCAAUGGAAUAUGUUAAACUUAAUCCAGACUUUGAUGAGUGCAAAAUUCCAAUGAGUAAAACUAAGCUAAUGAUGACAAGCAGGGAUAUUAACCCAAUCUAUGAGUUUAUAAAGCAGGAAUAUUUAUGUAAGUCUUUAGAUCUCGAUUUAGCUUCUACAUACCUUUAUAAUACAUAUAAAAACUGGUUUCGGGAAAUGUUUGGCAUCAAAAAAAGACCGCCUAUUGUACAGGAAUUUACUCAUGCAAUGGUAGGGCUAGGGAUAAAACCUAAGUCAAAAAGAAUAGGAGAUCGAAAAGCCAAUAAAAAAAUGCAAUGGUAUUCAGCUUCAUAUAAUGAUCUUUAUACCAUAUUCCAGAAAAAGAAUAUGAUUGAUGAAGCUGAAAAUAUUAAUGAACCAGAGGGAUACCAACAUACAGAGAUCUAUGAAUCAUCUGGUUCGGAAUUUGAUGAAGAAGAAGUAUAUGAAUCAUCUGGUUCGGAAUUUGAUGAACCAAUUCUUAAAAAUAAAAAACCAGAAACGUCUUUAGAAUCGCCUGCUGAAUGUAGUAAAUCUUCUGCACCUAUCACUAAAAAAGUCCCACCUCCUAUUCCCCAAAAACCGAUCAAACUUCAAGUAAAAAAAGAGUCAAUUCCUGAACCAAUUUCUGAGCCAGUUCCUGAACCUGCUAAUCUCGAAUUAGAAGAUGAGGAUGAAUUCUGGAGCACCAUAUUAUCUGAAACUAAUAUUCCUGAACUGAUUUCUGAGCCAGAAAUUAUCAAACCAGUUCCUGAGCCAGAAAUUAUUGAUUCAACUCCAGAACCAAUCCCUGAACCUAUUGUCUAUACAGAUAAAAAACUUGAAGAAUUAUAUCAGGGUGUAAAAACUAAUUGGGAAGAAUGUGGUAACGAUCCUGAAGAUUUUGAUUGGGGAGAUCUAUUAAAUCGUCAGAAUUCACGUACAUAUUCAUGUUCUCAUCCUACUGAUGAGGAAAUUGCAUCAAAAAUUUAUGAAUAUUACUAUGAAAAAAGAGAUGAACUAUAUGUACCUCCUCCUAAAAAUUAUAGAACUGAAUUUAUUGAAAUUGGACCAUCAAUUAAUAAAAAAGAAUGUGCGUUAGCUGAUGGGGAAGAGGUUUUCUCAGAUGACACAAAAGGGGAAUG